ACGCAAAUGUACCGAAACGGAACCCGGACGUGUUCCCGUUUCAUAAACCGGAUUUCAUAAUCGCCGAUACGUCCGGGACUUUUUUUUUUUUUGGUGUAAUUGGAGAUGGGUUCUCGUCUUUCUUUCUUUUCCUUCGGUCAAAAUUAACAAAAUAAAAAAAAACGUUUUAGCAACGAAACAACCACCACACCAAACAAAAAAAGAAGAUAGAAAAGAAGAGAAAGUCGGCGUUUUAGAAAGAAACUCUGCAAACCCUAAAACGAUUCCUCUCUUCGAUUCUUUCAUUUUGCCGUUGCACUGAAUUUAAAAGCUUCAAGUUCUUGGAGAGUCAAAUUAUGGAUUUGGUGACUAGUUGCAAGGAAAAUUAGAUGGAAAAGGUGGGAGAAAUAUAAUUAGAGCAUGACAACACAUCAACACCAUAUAAGCUUUUUGUACUUUUCCUAGAAAAAAAUAAAAUCCCCAAAAACCUCUCUAGAAACCUCCUCCAGUUCAGCUGGUGCUGCCGCAAAAUUUUAACUCAACAAUCCUUACCUCUUCAAUCAGUCCCUAUUAUAUAAAUGCGAAGCAUCUUCGCCACACUUUCUUUAACUCUUCCUUUCUUUUCAAACAACGUCAAAUCUAAACCUUUCCUUUUCCCUUCUGUUUCAUUUUCUUCUCAUGUAAUUAUGCCUCAGAGAAGGCAACAGUGGAAACCGAAGCCAAGUCAGGAUGGGGAAACCUCUACUUCCAGUCAGAGUUCGUCGAUUGUGGCGGCCGUUACUGAUAGAAUAGGAGGUUUAAGUAUAGGUGAAACUGUUGAGCAGAGUGAUGGUCAAAAGGUUAUAUGGAAACCUAGGUCUUAUGGAACAGUGAGUGGAGCAGUGGAAGUUGAAAAUGUGGUUCCAAAAAGCAAUGUGAAUUUGAGUCAGCUAUUUAAGGGUAAUUUAUUGGAAAAUUUUACAGUUGAUAAUUCCACCUAUGCACAAGCUCAAAUUAGAGCUACUUUUUAUCCUAAGUUUGAAAAUGAGAAGUCUGAUCAGGAGAUUAGGAUCAGAAUGAUAGAGAUAGUGUCUAAAGACCUGGCUACUGUGGAGGUCACACUUAAACAUUCUGGGUCUCUUUUUAUGUAUGCUGGUCACAAGGGUGGAGCAUAUGCAAAAAAUAGCUUUGGAAAUAUAUACACUGCUGUUGGUGUCUUUGUUCUUGGACGGAUGUUUCGUGAGGCAUGGGGAACUACAGCUGCAAGAAAGCAAGCAGAAUUCAAUGAGUUUCUUGAGAGAAAUCGGAUGUGCAUAUCAAUGGAACUGGUGACCGCCGUUCUAGGAGACCAUGGGCAACGUCCUCGAGAGGAUUAUGCGGUGGUGACAGCAGUCACAGAAUUGGGCAAUGGAAAGCCAAAGUUCUACUCAACUCCUGAGGUGAUUGCCUUUUGUCGGAAAUGGCGUCUUCCCACAAAUCAUGUUUGGUUGUUUUCAACAAGGAAAUCGGUGACAUCUUUUUUUGCCGCCUAUGAUGCAUUAUGUGAAGAAGGAACUGCAACCACUGUUUGUAGGGCUCUCGAUGAAGUUGCUGAUAUUUCUGUUCCAGGUUCAAAAGACCAUAUAAAGGUGCAGGGUGAAAUUUUGGAGGGUCUUGUGGCUCGUAUCGUAAGUCAUGAUAGCUCAAAACACAUGAAGGAAGCUUUGAGAGAAUAUCCUCCUCCACCAGCUGAAGGAGCUGAACUUGAUUUGGGACCAAGUCUAAGAGAAAUCUGUGCUGCAAAUAGGACAGAUGAAAAACAGCAAUUAAAAGCACUACUUCAGAGUGUUGGCUCUUCCUUUUGCCCUGACCAUACUGACUGGUUUGGGAUUGAUGGUGGUGAUACCCAUUCAAGAAAUGCAGACAGAUCUGUUGUUACAAAAUUUUUACAAGCUCAUCCUGCUGAUUUUUCAACUACCAAGUUUCAGGAGAUGAUACGUUUGCUGAGAGAAAGACGCUUCCCUGUUGCUUUUAAAUGCUACCAUAACUUCCAAAAGAUUGAUUCUGUAUCGAGUGACAGCCUUUUCUACAAGAUGGUUAUUCAUGUCCAUAGUGACUCUGGAUUUCGGCGAUACCAAAAGGAGAUGAGGCACAACCCAUGUUUAUGGCCAUUAUAUCGAGGUUUUUUUGUUGAUAUUAAUUUAUUCAAGGCCAAUAAGGAGGGAGUUGCUGAAAUUGCAAAACACGAAAAAAACAUAGGGGAAAGUGUAAAUCACAGUGAUUCCAUACUUCCAAAGGAUGGUUUAGCUGAUGAGGAUGCAAAUUUAAUGAUAAAAUUAAAAUUUCUUACGUAUAAGUUAAGGACCUUUUUGAUCCGCAAUGGUCUGUCAAUUCUAAGCAAGGAUGGUCCAUCUGCUUACAAAGCCUACUACCUAAGGCAAAUGAAAAUAUGGGGUACCUCAGCAGGAAAGCAGAGAGAACUCAGCAAGAUGCUUGAUGAGUGGGCCGCAUACAUCAGAAGAAAAUAUGGAAAGAAACAACUGUCAUCCUCGACAUACCUGAGUGAAGCUGAGCCUUUCCUUGAACAGUUUGCAAGUAGAAAUCCAGAGAAUCAGGCUCUGAUAGGAUCUGCUGGAAGUUUAGUCAGGGCUGAAGAUUUCUUGGCCAUUAUAGAAGGAGGCAGGGAUGAAGAGGGUGAUCUUGAGACAGAGCGGGAGGUGGGACCUCCAAGCCCUAUUUCCUUGGUGAAGGACACUGUUCAAAAGAAUGAGGGUUUGAUAGUAUUCUUUCCAGGAAUACCUGGUUGUGCUAAGUCUGCGCUGUGCAAGGAGUUACUAAAUGCUCCUGGAGGACUUGGAGAUGAUCGGCCAAUCCAUAGUUUGAUGGGGGACCUUGUCAAAGGACGGUACUGGCAGAAGGUUGCUGAUGAGCGCAGGAGAAAACCAUAUUCUAUUAUGCUUGCUGACAAAAAUGCACCAAAUGAAGAAGUUUGGAGACAGAUUGAAGAUAUGUGCCGCAGAACUCAAGCCUCAGCUGUUCCUGUUGUACCUGAUUCUGAAGGAACGGAUAUAAAUCCAUUUUCUCUUGACGCAUUAUCUGUUUUCAUUUUCCGUGUUCUUCAACGAGUAAAUCACCCGGGCAAUCUGGAUAAAGCAUCUCCAAACGCUGGAUAUGUCCUGCUAAUGUUUUAUCAUCUUUAUGAUGGCAAGAGUCGAAAAGAGUUUGAGAGUGAAUUAAUUGAGCGCUUUGGAUCUCUAGUGAAGAUGCCAUUGCUGAAAUCCGAUAGGAGCCCUCUGCCUGAUCCUGUGAGAUCAAUUUUGGAAGAGGGAAUAAAUCUUUACAGGCUGCACACCAACAGACAUGGCAGAUUGGAGUCCACCAAGGGGUCAUAUGCAAAGGAGUGGGCAAGUUGGGAGAAACGAUUGCGAGAGGUUUUACUUGGCAAUACUGAGCAUCUGAGUUCCAUUCAGGUUCCAUUUGACUCUGCAGUUAAGCAAGUUUUGGAUCAGCUAAAGAAUAUUGCUAAAGGUGAAUACAUAACACCAAUUACCGAAAAGAGGAAACUCGGAACAAUUGUUUUUGCUGCUGUCAGUUUGCCUGUUAGGGAAAUCUCCAGUUUCCUCAACAAUCUGGCUCAGGAGAACUCUAAGGUUCAAGCCUUUCUCCAGGACAAGGACAUUGAACACAACCUUAAGAAGGCUCACGUGACCCUUGCCCACAAAAGAAGCCACGGUGUUACAUCAGUAGCAAGUUAUGGAUUGUUCCUCCACCAAAAGGUUCCAGUGCAAUUGACUGCACUUCUCUUCACAGACAAAAUGGCUGCACUGGACGCAGAACUUGGGUCUGUAGACGGUGAAAAUAUAGUUUCAAAAAAUGAGUGGCCCCAUGUUACCAUAUGGACUGGAGAGGGAUUAGCAGCCAAGGAGGCCAACAUGCUGCCGCAAUUGCUCGCUGAGGGGAAAGCUACUCGUGUUGAAAUUGAAUCACCUAUAACCAUAUUCGGCACGCUGGAAUUUUAUUGAGUUCAUUUGUUACUUGUCCCAAAAUUGGUUGAUCAGGAAUUGAUUGGAAACCUGUAUGUUUUUAGAGUACAAUCUGUUACAAAAUUUUGCAGGUAGAUAAGAGUUUCUUUAGUUGUUGAGAAA